ACAAAUCCUACGUGAAUUAUUGAAAUUUUAUGAGAUACAAAAUAACAUGAAAGUCAUUAUCCAAAAGGUUGGAUUUUUGGAUGGGACACAAAAAGACCCACUGGCUUGUUGUACUAUAGUUAGUAUACCAACCUAAAAGAAUAUUUCAUAUUUGACCAGCUCCGUCUUGGUCUCCUCACCAAUCCACACUCAACAGCACAAAGCUUCGUUUAAUUCAAUGGAUUCCGUGAAAGUAAUAUCCACAUCUACAAUCCAAGCACCGGUUCACAACAACGGCAACUCAACUCAGAAUCAGAAUCAGACAAUCGAACUAACACCAUGGGAUCUUCAGUUCCUCCCACUUGAAACCAUUCAAAAAGGCCUUCUUUUCCACCAACCCAUUCUCUCAUCCAACCAAAACCACAUCAAUCAUUUGAAACAAACCCUUUCAACCACACUCUCCUUCUUCCCUCCCUUAACAGGCCGUCUCAUAAUCACACACCACAACGACCAAAACAACAACAACGCUUCAUGUUCCAUCAUUUGCAACAACGUUGGUGCUCUCUUCGUUCACGCUAAAGCAGAAAACACAACCGUUUCCGACAUCCUUCAACCCAACUACGUACCUCCCUUUGUUCACUCCUUUUUCCCACUUAACGGCGUUAAAAACCACGAGUCCACAUCACAGCCGAUUCUAGCAGUCCAAGUAACGGAGUUAAGUGACGGAAUCUUCAUUGCUUUCACUGUCAACCACGUUGUUUCCGACGGUAAGUCGUUUUGGCAUUUCGUCAACUCUUGGUCACAGAUCUCAAAUGGUUCUCAGAAAAUAACUAAACUACCUUCACUUCAACGAUGGUUUCCAAACGACGUUGAACUUCCAAUACGCUUCCCUUUCACAAAAACAGAAUCACAAAAGAAAAACAGUUUUAGAAUGUUACCAGAAAGAAUCUUUCAUUUCACCAAGGAGAAAAUAGCAGAACUGAAAUCAAAAGCAAACGUAGAAGCAAACAACCAAACAGAUGAAACUAAAAUAUCUUCACUUCAAGCGGUACUAUCUCACAUUUGGCCUCGCGUUGUUCGUUGCAAACAACCCGAUCCACAAGAAGUUUUUCGCUAUAUGGUAAUCAUAGGUGCUAGACCUAGGAUGGUUCCUCCGCUUGACGAUGAUUAUUUUGGAAAUGCUGCUGUAUUUGAUGGUGUGGAGAUGAAAGCCGAGGAAAUUCUAGAGGGUGGAAUCGGAAAAAUUGGUUUGGAGAUGAACAAGAUGAUUAGGUUACAUUGUGAUGAGAAAAUAAGGAAGAAUUAUGAGUGUUGGUUGAGAGUGCCGAGGUUGAUAGAGGUUGGUGCUGUGGCAAAUGGUAACUCAUUGGCAACAAGUAGUUCUCCGAGGUUUGAUGUUUAUGGUAAUGAUUUUGGUUGGGGGAAGCCUGUGGCGGUUAGAAGUGGGGGUGCGAAUAAGCCUAAUGGGAAGAUUACUGUGUUUGCUGGAGCUGAAGAAGGUAGUAUUGAUGUUGAAAUUUGUCUUUCUUACGAGAUUUUGGAAGCUUUGGGAAAUGAUACCGAUUUUGUGGUUCCUAAUUCUAAGUAAUGUUUUUUCAAGGUGAAGAAAAUGUGUUGUGCUUGUGUCUGGUUGGUAUGUUAUGUUGUGUGUGUUAUUCGUAGGUAUUCAUGUGUCUUGUUCUAUAUGUUGUAACUGCAUUUAUGUUUAAGGAGUUGUUAUUUAAAAUUUUGUUGGUUUGAACUUGUUUAUUAGGAUAUGUUCAUCAUGUUAACAAUGUAUGAGCAUCUGUCACUUACUUUCGUGUUUCUUAGUUUGGAUUUUUGUUGUCGUAAUAAUGAGUUGGAUUCCUAUCAUGGAUGAAGUGAUGUGUGAUGAGAAAAGAUUCUUAUUUGGUCAAUGAAACGUUUUGAUUGAAUUCCA